AUGGCCGACUCAAUCUACGCUCCCAAGAACCAGCACAAGCUGAAUGCAGCGCAGGCUGCUGACGCCGUCGCUGCUGCUCCGAGCAGCAACUCACAGCCGAAUAUCGCUAAGAACCAAGCAGGCAACAGCAAUGGAAGCCAUCGAGCUCAUCCUCACCUCACGCAGCCGCUGCUCUACAUCAGCGGUGUCGACGCUGCCAUGGCCGACAAGGAGCUGGCUGGUCUCGUCUUCCAAGACGUACUCCCUGUCCGUCUCAAGAUCGAUCGUGACGUGCCUCAAGGUCAGACGGCUAGCGGCACCGUCGAGUUUCAGACACUAGACAAGGCCGAGAAAGCAUACGCCAUUGUUCGACCUCCCAUUCAGCUUCGCAUCGAGCAAGACGCCUCCUCGAAAGAACCAGUCGCAUCGGCCAAGCCACGUCUCGUCAAGCAGCUGCCAUCAACCACCGACGACUCGCUCGUCUACGAUCUCUUCCGCCGCUUUGGUCCUCUUCGACGUGCACAGUGCCUCCUCACGAACACUGCUGGCAUUCACACAGGCUUCAAGGGCAUGGCUCUGCUUGAAUACUACGACGAAGAGGAUGCAAAGCGUGCCGAAGCUGAGAUGCACUGCUCCGACGUCGAUGGCAGCACCAUCUCUGUCGCUGUCGAUUCGAGCACUCGCAAGCCCAGCACUGGCUUCCGUCCGUCUGCUGCAGCCUUUGUGCCUUCUAGCGGCAUGAGCCCGUCCACGCCUUCCUUUGUGCCAAGCGCUGCCAGCUCUCGCUCUGUCUCUGCAGGCUCCUCAGCUUCCAUCUAUGCGAGCACUGCCCCUUCAUCGACUUUCCAGACCCCAUCUCCUGCUCACAAGGGUGCGCGAGGCCCUUCGCACAGCAGAGCAUCUAACUCCAUCGAUCCCAGGAAUCUGUUCGUCAAGAAUCUCGACGCGACCCUUACCACACAGGAUCUGCUGGAUGUCUUCAGAGCCUUUGGCCAGGUCGUUUCUGCCCUUGUCAAGCAGGAUGAACAGGGCAAGAGCAAGGGAUUCGGAUUCGUCAGCUUCACUACCGCAGAAGAGGCGCAAGCCGCUAUUCGCUCGCUGGACAACACCAAGCUCGGCAGCAAGAAGAUCACCGUCUGCCUACACGAGUCCAAAAAGAUCCGUCAAGAGAAGCUCGCCACACGUCUGCAGGGACUCAGCGUCGGAAGCACCGACGGGAGCGAGGCUGACGCUGCAAGCAGACGAGCGAGCACCGAUGCUUCAGAGCAAGCGCCCCAGUCUCCGGUCCCUGCGCAGACACCGCUCGCCGCAACGUCGUUGUCAGCGGGCAUCAGCACCUCUGCCAGUGCUCAGGCGCAGCGCAGUGUUUCCAGCACUUCUUCUGUGGGCGACGCAAGUGGAUCAGCAACGGAGAGGGAGAGGCUGCUGAAAGCUGUCAUUUCCGUGUCGGAAGCCGAUGCGCCAGUUGAAGAUAUCACCGACAUGCUUGCAAGCCUGCCAAAGAAGGAUCGAGCCAUGGCGCUCUUCAGUCCCGAGUUCCUCAAGCAGAAGGUUGACGAAGCAAAGGACAUUCUCGACAUCACUGACGAGAGCGGCGAAAAUUUGCAUGCUCCUCGAGACACGAACGGCAGCAAGCCCGCAAGCGUUCUCAAGGACGCCACCAACGGUCAGAGCACCUCCAGAUCUUCUUCCACGAACGACGCCAAAGCAUCGCUGGGUGCUUCAGCCCAAAAGCACACCCUGUCGUCCCUCGCCGCCCUCCCCGCGGCCGAGAUUAUCCGCCUCGCUCAAUCAUCACCCAGCUCCCUCCCACCCCUGGCCAAAGCCGACCCAGAAGUAGUCAAGUCGACGGACGAGUUCAUCGACUCGCUCCAAGGCAAAGCGCCACACGAUCAGAAACAGAAGUUGGGCGACAAACUCUUCAAGAAGAUUCGCAGCUUUGGCGUCAAGGGUGCGCCGAAGCUCACCAUCCACCUGCUCGACUCGGAGGAUCUGCGUUCGCUGGCGCACCUCAUGGACUCGUACGACGAGGUGCUCAAGGAGAAGGUCGAUCAGAAGGUCGCGGCCGGCUUGAACAAGUGA